AUGUCUUCUGCCCACGAAAGUCCACAAUCCAACCCUCCUCCUCAUCCCAUCGAACCUCCCAUCCUCGAAUCCGAGCAAGACAAGACCUACUAUGAGCGCACGCGACUAGCCCGACGACAGUACGAGCACGCGACCCUCCGUGAGGGCUUACAGCGGGGCCUGUCGCUGUGGACGAUCUUGGCCGUGCUAUCCAGUGACCAGGGCGAUUCAGAUAGUCGAGGGAGUACUAGAAGACUGUAUCCGAGAAUGAACAAUCACUACAUCCCGAGAUACAACCACACCAUCACCACCACUCAUCAUAGCAACAGCAACAAAUACUCCCUUCCGCACGCAGAGAGCCACGACUACAGCCCGGCCUACUACUCUUCGCACUCAGAUCGACGUUCAGCACAGCACAGAGCUGCCAUACACUGUGCUACACCACAAUCUUCCUCGGCCUCCCCAGCUUCCUCGACUUCUACCUCCACCUCGACCUCUCCACCACCAACAACACUCAUCCCCAACAACAACCACCAUCAAUACCCAACCCACCCUCCCAACAACCCCAAAACCCAGCAUGAAUACCACCACUACCACCCCCUCAUAACCUUCCUAACAAUCAACCCCCCAGCCCCAGAUAGCUCCUACUACGACCGCGUCUCCGACUACCGAGUCCGCAGCCAGAAGAGGCCGUGGGAGGGCGACCGGAGCUGGGAUGAAACUUUCCUGUGCAGGAGUUAUAAGCGGAGGCGCGGUGGAGGUGGGAGUGGGAUUCUGCAGGAGGCCGCACAGGCCUCGGAUCAGAAGCCUUCGGUGGUGUUGGAGAGGGGCAUGGUCUGGGAGAUGAGGGGGGAUGGGGAUCAUGGGAGGGGGGUUGAGGGAGGUGGUGGAAGGUGGAGGUAUUGGGUUCCUGGGUAA